AUGGGCCUGCAACAACCAAGCGGUCGCGGAGACCGCGAGGAAGCCGGCAGCAACCCUAGCUACAGCUGGGCGAGUCUUGCCGAGGAGGCCGGUCAGCGGCGGAGACAAUUAGAAGAAGAAUCAAAAGAAGAAGUUGAUAUCAUGGUAAACCCAACAAGAGAAAUAGGAGCUGAAAGGCGAAUGACUAUGAAAGAUUAUGCACUGCUUACAAUUGAUCAAGAACAAACUCUUCGAUCUAAUGAACAAAGGAAGCCAAGUUUGGAAGAAACACUUCAAUCAUUUAUGAUGGCUUCUCAUGAUAGGAUGGAGAGGAAUAAAAAAAAGACAGAUUCCAUUAAGGCUUCAUUGAAAUGUUUAGAAGCUCAAAUGGGACAAAUUGUUGAUGAGCUCAAUAAAGAAAAAUUAUCAAGUCAACCUAAACAAGCCAAUUCCAUUACUACUAUUAGAAGAGGUGAGGUUGUCGAUAAUAUUGUUAUGGAAAAUGAAAGGAAUUCUUCUUCUUAUGCAGGAAUAAGCCAGCUUAUGCAAAAACAUUUUGAAGAGUUGAAUACCAACAAAAGGCGACAUGCGAACAACGAAAAAAUACAAGUAGCAAGUGUAAUGCUUCAAUAUCAAUUGCCCCUUAAGAUGAAAGAUCCUGGUAGCUUCACCAUUGAUAUUACAAUAGGUGACAAAAAGGAUAGAAAAGCCAUGUUAGAUUCGGGAGCAAGCAUAAACUUGAUGCCGUAUUUGAUGUAUGAACGACUUGGCUUGGGAGAGUUGAAACCUACCACUAUAUCUUUACAAUUUGCUAAUAGAUCGAUAAAAUAUCCUAGAGGUAUAGUGGAAGACUUGCUAGUACAAGUAGGUAAGUUAAUAAUUCAUGUUGAUUUUGUAGUGCUUGACAUGGAAAACACACCAGCAAGGGAUAAAGAGCAAACCAUACUCCUUAGUAGAUCUUUUAUGGCAACUAUUAGAACUAAGAUUGAUGUGCUUGAUGGAAAACUUACCAUGACAAUUUUAGGAGAUACUGUGGAAUUUAAAGCGUUUCUUUCUCUAACUUUGUCUCCUAAAUCUACUAUCGAUAAGUGUUCAUAUAAUUAUUUAGAUUCUCCUAUUUAUGAACAAUUAUAUGAUGAUAUUCCAUUCUUAAUUGACAAGAGCUUUCGUGACACUUUAAGUGUUCGUGUUAAAAGUAUGAAGCCAUACUUGAAAGGAAUGGCUUAUGAGCAAGAGGUGGAGUACGCGGAUAAACGCCCACCAUGA